AUGUAUGUGUUUCUGCUUGUUUGUGUGAUUGCAGGCGCGCGGAGCAGCAGGGGGUACCUGGGGGAGCGUAUCAGAGGGUGGGAGGGCCACAGGGGUCUGUCCUUCCUGCAGAACAUGGAGCUGAGGGGAGGCGAGCUGCUGGUGCCCACAGCUGGCCUCUACUACAUCUACGCACAAACCUACUUCAGGCUGCCCUCAACGGGGGAGAUGGAGACGGAGGCAAAGGACGAGACAGGGGAAACAAAAGAGGAGGAAGGAGCUCAGCUUGUGCAGUACAUCUACAAGAAGAUGAGUUCCUACACGGUGCCCAUCCUGCUGAUGAAGUCGUCUCGCAGUGCCUGCUGGCCCCGGGGUCAGGAGCCCGGCCUCUUCUCCCUGCACCAGGCCGGCACUGCCUUUCUCCAGCCUGCUGACCGCCUCUUUGUCACGGUCAGCAACGCCAGCGCCAUGGAGAUGGACGGCAGGGCGAGCUACUUCGGGGCCUUCCUCGUGGGCUAAUGAGAGAGAGAGAGAGGCCUGGGCGGAGGAGUCCAGCACUGGGAUGACUGUUUUAUUAGACACUGACAGAAGUUGACCCAAAUGUCAGGGUUUGCUCUGGUGAAUGUGAGGAAGCUGUCUGAGGAUGCAGGGUUGGAGACGGACAGACCAGGGGAGUGGGACCCGAGCUGCAGGGAUGUGAUCGAACCAGACAGACCAACAGCGGCCUGGUACGACGGGGGAAGUGGAGCCAUUUGGGGUGUAUUUACUCCAGCAGUGACCAGUUAAUUGAUUACAGCUAAACCUCACACAGGAUAUUUAUUCUGUCUGUAAGACUGCGGAGAGCAGAACACACAGCAAACAGAUUGUGUGGUGCAUUCAGGGCACAAGGGAUUUGGAGGAGGACAAUAGAUGCAGAUUAAAUGUUGAGAGAAGACAGCCGUGUUGACUAAAUGACAUUUAAUGGAGUUUUUAUUAAAAGUGAAUAGAUGCCACAAGAUGUUAAAAGAUUGUUACAUUCUCUCUUUGUGCAACUUCUUGAAUAAAUCUGUGGAGUGACAAUGAAUGUGAAAUAUUAAAACUGUUUUGUGACACAUGAA